AUGGAUGCGACAGAAGGGACAACCAACGUCCUCCCUAACGUUCCCACUGGAUUCUCUAACAGGGUCUCUCUCUCUCUCUCUCUCUGUUCAUGUCUGUUCCCCCAGGUAAGGAAGACGUUCUUUACGUUGGCGUUCUGUGAUUUUUGCCGGAAGCUUCUGUUCCAGGGGUUCCGAUGUCAGACGUGUGGCUAUAAGUUCCACCAGCGCUGCAGCACAGAGGUGCCGCUCAUGUGCGUCAACUACGACCAGCUGGAGUAAGUUAUCGAUCGAAAUGAAUCGUUUUUAAGUCAUUGGAGAAGAGGGGGGGGGGGGUGGGGGAUGGGAAGUUGGUGUUGAGUUAUGUCAUUCUGUAGGUUGCAAGCAAGUAUUGUUUGAGACUGAAGUUAGCGUGAUCUGUCCCCGAGACUGAAGUUGGACACCAGCUUAUUGCUAGUAUCCAAGUUAUUUUUAGUUUUUGUAUGUGUGUGGUGUAGGGGGGGGGGGGUAAAAGCAAAAGACAAAUGAAAGUAUAUCUUAAUGUUCAGUUCUAACCUGUAUGUUGGGUCUGGUUGGGUCUGCAGUUUGUUGCUGGUGUCCAAGUUCUUUGAGCACCACCCCAUCACCCAGGAGGAGGUGUCAUCAGAGGGCACCACCCCCGUGUCCGAGGUCUGCCCCUCACUGCCCCCGUCCGACUCCACUGGGUGAGUUAAACCUAACCCUGACCUCUAAUCCUAACCCAUGUGACCGUGGCCUACCCUUCACUGCCCCCGUCCGACUCCACUGGGUGAGUUAAACCUAACCCUGACCUCUAAUCCUAACCCAUGUGACCGUGGCCUACCCUUCACUGCCCCCGUCCGACUCCACUGGUGGAGUUAAACCUAACCCUGACCUCUAAUCCUAACCCAUGUGACCGUGGCCUACCCUUCACUGCCCCCGUCCGACUCCACUGGGUGAGUCUCACACCUGAGAACUGUCUGACACCUGUCCUGAUCCCAUUCUCACCUCAGCACAGUUGAAGGAAAGGAGGUGAGGAAAGGAAGCCAUUUAAGACUACUGCAGCACAGCCUUGAUAAUCUCAUAUCUCCUUGCUAGAUUCAACGUAGACUGGACUCUCUGCUAAUGCUGUGCCAAAUGUCCCCAGUGAGAUGGACCCACCCUGUCCUCCCCUCUUAACCUCUGUCUAACCUCCAGGUCCCUGUGCCACACCAGUGUGUCCCCGUCCAAGUCCAUCCCCCAGAGUUUCAACCCCCAUCCUCUCUGACCCCUGACCUCUCUCUCUGACCCCCAGGUCCCUGUGCCACACCAGUGUGUCCCCGUCCAUCCCCCAGAGUUUCAACCCCCAUCCUCUCUGACCCCUGACCUCUCUCUCUGACCCCCAGGUCCCUGUGCCACACCAGUGUGUCCAUGUCCAUCCCCCAGAGUUUCAACCCCCAUCCUCUCUGACCCCUGACCUCUCUCUCUGACCCCCAGGUCCCUAUGCCAUGUCAGUGUGUCCCCGUCCAAGUCCAUCCCCCAGAGUUUCAACCCCCAUCCUCUCUGACCCCUGACCUCUCUCUCUGACCCCCAGGUCCCUGUGCCAUGCCAGUGUGUCCCCGUCCAAGUCCCCCUUCCCGAUCCCCCAGAAGUUUCAACCCCAUCCUCUCUGACCCUGACCUCUCUCUCUGGACCCCAGGUCCCUGUGCCACAGUGGUCCCGUCCAUCCCCGUCCCAUCCUCUCUGACCCAUGAACCUCCUCUGACCCCAGUCCCUUGCCAUGCGUGUGUCCCGUCCAUCCCCGCACCCAUCCUCUCGACCCCUGACCUCUCUGACCCCAGGUCCUGUGCCACGCCAGUGUGUCCCCAGUCCAUCCCCCAGAGUUUAACCCCCAUCCAUCUCUGACCCCUGACCUCUCUCUCUGACCCCAGGUCCCUGUGCCACGCCAGUGUGUUCCUCCCCCAGUUUCAACCCCCAUCCUCUCUGACCCCUGACCUCUCUCUCUGACCCCCAGGUCCCUGUGCCAUGCCAUGUCCGUCCCCGUCCCCAGUCCAUCCCCAAUUUCACCCCCAUCCACUCUGACCCCUGACCUCUCUCUCUGACCUCCAGGUCCCUGUGCCAUGCCAGUGUGUCCCCGUCCAAAUCCAUCCCCCAGAGUUUCAACCCCCAUCCUCUCUGACCCCUGACCUUUCUCUCUGACCUCCAGGUCCCUGUGCCACACCAGUGUGUCCCCGUCCAAGUCCAUCCCCCAGAGUUUCAACCCCCAUCCUCUCUGACCCCUGACCUCUCUCUGAUCUCCAGGUCCCUGUGCCAUGCCAGUGUGUCCCCAUCCAUCCCCCAGAGUUUCAACCCCCAUCCUCUCUGACCCCUGACCUCUCUCUCUGACCCCCAGGUCCCUGUGCCACGCCAGUGUGUCCCCGUCCAAGUCCAUCCCGAUCCCCCAGAAUUUCAGGCCCGGAGAAGAGGACCACAGGAACCAGUUUGGCCAGAGAGACCGCUCCUCCUCCGCUCCCAAUGUCCAUAUCAACACCAUCGAACCCGUCAACAUAGACGUGAGUCCACCAUCCCUUCUGUCUGGGUCUGAUAGCUCAGACACUGCCCCCCGCUGGAGACAAGUAGUACUGCUACUGUAGAAUGUUUAUCUGCCAGCGCUGGUAAAAGGCUUCUUGUGAAUGGGGUGCUCAUCCGGGUGCUUGGCUAAAUACAACAGAACCGUAUUAAGUCAUACUUAAAAAGGGAACUGACAGCAUUUUAGCAAAAUUAAAUCUAAUUUGAAAUCUGUUCAUAUACACCCCCAAAUAUGUAUAUACCAGGUAGUCCUCUUACAUUUGGGAACUUUACAGUCCUAUUGAUCAAACAACCAUGAAAAGGUAGCCACCUCUCUCCCUCAGUUAUGAACAUCAACAACAAAAAGAUUAACAACUAAUGCUAGCCAGAGAAAUAUGAGCUAACAUAUAACGAAGGAACUUUAGACAAACCCUCUCUAACUUUUUCAGCUAGUGGGCCGUCAAAAUUGCACUGAUAAACGAAGGGGAAUUGUAGCCUCCUCGCCCUUCCGCAGCUUGCCUGCCAAUGCAUGCUGGUCCCAACCAAGCACCCAAAGCUAACUGGCUAAUGUUGGCUAGCUUGCUAACUAGCUACUUCCAGACACAAAUGAGAGAACACCUUACUCUGACCAUUUUGACUCGUCCUAGCAGAGCUGGUUAGGCUGUUUACAUGUUAUCUAGAGCGUUUGUGACUAACUUACUUUUUUGCCUACGUUUACUGGCACGGUCAUAUUCAGCGGAUGUUGCGCGGUCAUAAUUUCAUCGGUUAUUCUGCGCUCUGAAUCGGCGAACGCAAGAGAUAUGCUAACUGGAUAGCAGUCGUUCAAGUUCUUGCUAGCUAACCAAAUGACACCUGCAUCUCUAGCUGUGUAUAGCCACCGAAAAACGAUGUGAGGGGGAAAAGUCAGUCACUCGCCCACUCCUCCAAUGACAUGACAUCCUCCGAGCAGCUAGCUAGCUAACGUUAGGCUCCGUGUUUUUAGCUUGAUACAUAAAUAGAUACGCUAGCCUAUUAGCCAUGUUAUGACUGUAAAAUGACUGACUUGUGAUCAUUGCCCUUGCUAGUUUGAUUGUAUUGACAAUCCCAGCCUUAGUUACAUUCGUCCGUUUUUGUCCAAAAUAUUGAGCCAUUGAAACUGAAACAGUGCAUCCCGAAUGGAGGCUGCAAACAAUGUACCAGGCCAGCUGUGAUUUACAACUUGUAAGCAAUAUUUAUUGGACUACCAAGCAAUGUAUUGGUUUAUUAUAUUAAUCAUGCAUUGAACUGCAUCCAUCUAUUCUGCCAACAAUUCCUUAGUGUACGUCAUGAAACGUUGAGUCAAAUAUAACCUAUUUUUAAAACGUCUUAUAAAGUUGGUUUUGUAGCAUAAACUGGGAAUUUGAUAUUUUUUACUGAUAUUACGAUUGUCUGUUUCAUAUCUGCCAAGUAGUUAAAACGCUGUCAGUUCCACUUGAAGUGUUAUAUCAAGAUGUAACACAAUCUGUAGUGUUGGUCUGGAAUCUAGAUGACUAGCAGUCUUCACAUGUGGAUUCUCUUUUCUCUUUCUUUCUCUCUCUCUCUCUUUCUCUCUCUCUCGCUCUCUCUCCUCUCUCGUCUCUCCUCUCUCAAUCAUCCCUCGUCUCUCUCAUCUCUCUCUGCUUCUCUCGUCUCUCUCUCUCUGUCUCUCUCUCUCUCUCUCUCUCUCUCUCUCUCUCUCUCUCUCUCUCUCUCUCUCUCUCUCUCUCUCUCUCUCUCUCUCUCUCUCUCUCUCUCUCUCUCUCUCUCUCUCAGGACUUGAUUCGAGACCAAGGUUUACAGAGGUCAGAAGGAGGUAAGGAAACUGAUCAUCAUCAUCAUCAGGACUGUCAUUCAAUCAACAAGUCUUCCUCCCACCCUGCGUCUGCGUUCUCUUGUGUCUUACGAAGCCCUAGAAGCUCAUUUUGUCCAGUCUGACUUCAAUUUCUACACGAUGCAUAUUCAGAAUAUUUGUCCUUAGACUGUAAAACAGUGGCUCUGGAGACUUCCCCUUUAAGAGAGCCGUCUACCCUUUAUUUCCCCUGACGUUCUCUGAUUCCACUGCCCAUCCCAUGCUCCCUCUGGAAGAGUGUACACUACUUACUAUGGGCCAGUCUCAAAUGGUAAACUACUCCGUAUCUAGUGCACUACUUUUGGCCAGUGAUAAUGUGUGUGUGGGGAAAAAAAAAACUCCUUAACUUUCUACUGGUCCUUCGAGACAGAUUUUGUACACUAUUCCCCCUCAUUUGCACUCAUUGGGGCUGUGGCCAAAAGUAGGGCGCGACACAGCAUCUGGGCGGCCAUAUUGGAUCGGGCCUACAGUAGGUACCGUAGAGAAGUGGGGUCAGGUGGGUCCAGUAAGCCUGUCUUCAGGGCCAGUGAUCCUGCUGUGUGUCUCUCUCCCCCCCCCCUUCCCCCCUGCAGCCCCCCCCUUGCAGACUCACCCACCCGCCCGCUGCUUGAGGAAGCACCGAACACGGACCUCAAGCCCCCUCCUAUACUCCUACCCCAAUGACAUAGUCUUUGAUUUUGAGUCCGAGCCUGUGUUCCGAGGUAGCUAG